AUGGCGGCGUCACCGGUGCCGGUGCGGUGUGGGUUCUGUCUAAGCGAAAGAGGCAAGAAGGACAAGUACCGCUCGUUGCACCCCAGCGUGCCGCAGAGCCUGUUGGAAGAAGACACACCGCCUCUCGUAUGUACUCCGUGCUACAACUUCCUCUACGGCGAGUACGCCCGCAAGUGCGGAGACGACCGUGCGGCCUCUGACAGCGAGAGCGACGAAGAGACCGGCCAGAAGACGCUCGAACGUCGUUAUCCCAACGCCCUUUCCGGGGCGCCUGACACCUUCCACGGGCCUACCCACCCUUGUAUCGGUGGUACUGGGAUCCCGAUGGUGAAGCGCACAACCCAGAAAACGGCGCUGUGCGCGCAGGCGACUGGCGUGCUGCCCUUCAUCUAA